AUGUUGCUCGAUUCGGAACAGUUUGCGGAUUCUAGCCCGUUCAAAAUGUCCCACCCUGUAAAUUAUAAUUUACCCAACACCACUUCGGAUUUGCUUAAAUUCCAAUUGCAACAACAUCACAAACUAGAACGUCUUGAGAAGAAUAAAGCACUCGAUGAUGGAGUCAACUCUGUUGGCCAAGAGUCUGGGCCUCUAUCCGGAUCGGAUGGUUCUGUUGGGGUUAGUGGUGGUGGAAGUGGUGCACAUCCCAUAUUGCACUCAUCCAAUGUUCUAAAUGGUUAUCUUCAAGCUAGUAUAGAUACAGGUAAUUUGGCCUUCGAUCCCGAGACUAGUUUACCUGGUCUUUCUGAUUCUCCAUCGUUUGAUGAAUCUACUUCUUCAUCUGAUACGGAGGUUUCUUCCUCGCAUAUGAAUACUACUAAUGAUACAACAAUAAACCAUUCUACGAAAGUGCCGUUGAAAGAAGAUGAUGUCUCUAUUGAGGCAUUCAUUGCGCAAGCAUCUAGUAAACCAAAUUAUCUUAAUUUCAAAGUGUUGAUGGAGAAUGCUAUUUUUGAUGUCUCAAACAUCAACCGAAGUUCAAUCUUACCUUUCCAUUUGGUCAAGUCAUUAAAACUGUUGAUUGAGGAUAAAAAGGAAUUGAAAGAAUAUCUUUUCUCCAAGAUUAAUAUUUCUCAUGAAUUCAUUAAUGAUAUGAUCUUGCAUCCUUCUAAUUCAUCAUCAUCAUCAUCGUCCAUCCCAUUCCACGAACCAGGGCUUCUUACAAAAGUCAUCAAGGCUAAUUACAAAUUACAAACUGAAUUAACUAAAGUCGAUCAAGAAUUGGAAACUCUAGUUAAUAAAUUGAACAACCAUAAUUUAGCAUGUCUUCUAUUGGGAUAUAUGGAAGAUAUCAAUCUCUCUUCGGCUUCACACUCUGGAAGUAUUUCGAUGGAUGAAAGAGGCCAUUCUAAUAUAUAUGAUGGUGGGUUAACAUCAGCUCAAUCAUAUAAAUCAUUUGAUGAAAAAUCUUCAAGUGUCCCUGUGAAUAAUUUUUCUGAUGAAUCUCCUAUUAAAUCAUCAACAAGAACUAUAACUACUCAACCUUCAGCAGGUACAACUCCUACUACUGCUUCCAAUCUCUACUUUGGAUCUCCAUUGAGAAGACACCAACAACAACAACAAUUACAGAAACAACAGAAUGAUCGUCUGGUAGAUAAUUUGUUGAGUUAUAUUGCUCUGGUUGCAGCACAGCAUAGUUUUACAUUACCUUCACCACCUAAGGGCGCAGAUUCUACACUUCCACAACUGCUUGAAUGGGCUCAACAAUGCUUUGAGGCUAUUUUGACCCAACAAGCACAAACACAAGCACAAGCACAAGCAAAACAACUUCCCACACCUCCAGCUACAACAGGUAAUGAGACAAAUAAUAAGGUUAUUACUGAUUUGAAAACAGCAUUGAAUGAUUUACGGUUUUCCCAUGAGUAUCUAACCAAAGAAUAUGAAUACGAACGAGAAUCUUCUCAUAAGACAAUUCAAGAAUACCGUCGUAAAUUGAUAAGCUUGGAACGGGAUCUUCAGAAAUCAAAAUACCUGCAUAAUCUAACUGCUUCAAAUGGGUUCCAGGGUGAUAGUGGUAAAAAAUCGAUUUCUACUUCUGCAUCUACAAGUUCACUUUUAGGUCCAAGUGUUGAAUUGGUUGUGAAAGAUCAAGAGAUUUCAAGACUAAGAAAAGAAUUAAAUCAACUUAAAAUUGAAAAAAUCGAUAAUAAUAGUCAACCACCAUCCAACUUACCACUGCCAUCUUUAAAUGUUGUUCAACUGCAAUCUGUGGAUGAUCUUGGAUCAGUACGGUCCAAUGAUGGUUCUGUUUCACCCGUAGGUGGUCAGCAGUUAGCAGGAGCUUCACUUUCUAGUGGAAUUCUUCGUAAAGAAUUCAGAAAGAUCGUUAGUGAUAUGCAAGAUCAAUAUGAAUUAGAAUUGAGUCAAGAAAGACUAUUAAGACGACAACUUCAAGAAGAAUUAGAUAAACGCUGA